AUGAUGUGUGUGUGGGCCCGAGCAGCAGCUCUGUCUCUGGUGCUGCAACAGCUGGUGCUCACUGUCUCAGCUGAAGGCACCGUCUAUGACCUGCUGGCGUCUCCGGACUGCCUGCCCGACCUGCUCCAAGGGAAGCUGAAGAGCAAAGGGCAGGAGGAGGCUUUCCUCCUCUCCUCCUUCAGGCUCCACAACAAGGCCCCCACCUCUCUUUUCAGUGUCAUCAACCCCAAAGACAACACCAAGUACCUGGACUUCAGUGUGCAGGCCAAACAAAGCAAGGUUACCAUUCGUUACCUGAGGACCGACGGCAGAUUUGGCACAACCAGUUUCAACCACGCCUCCCUGGCAGACGGCAGAAUUCAUCAUGUGAUGCUACAUGCCAGGGGUCUGCAGCGUGGUCCACCUCGCCUCAACAUCUACAUCGACUGCACACUGGCGCACUCUCUGGAUGACCUUCCAGCUGCGUUCGGGUCACUCCCACCGGGUCCUAACAAGGUGGCACUGAGGACGCUGCAGUCAAGUGGACAGAAUGAACUGACAGACUUCAAGCUGGUGACAGAGGACACCAUAGACAACGUGGCCACUUUGCAGGACUGUAGUGUGGAGCACAGUGAAUCUGUGCAGCUCUUGGGUUUCGAGGGAGGCAGGGUAGAACAAAACCAGGUCACCAUGGAGGAGCUGAAGAGCAUGUUGUCUGAGCUGAGGGAGAUGCUGCUCAAACAGAUUAAAGAGACAACUUUUCUUAGGAACACCAUCGCUGAGUGUCUUGCCUGCGGUCUUGGGGGUUCUCCAACCAACACUGGUCCACCUCCAGGUCCAGGGCCGGAUGUCAUGCAGCCUCGUCCUCUGACUCAGUGUCCACCUGGAACCUGCUUCAGACAGAACAUGUGCAUCCGCUCAGAGUCGGGGGAUUUCCACUGUGCCCCCUGUCCGGAUGGAUACACAGGAGACGGGGUGCACUGUGAUGACGUAGACGAGUGUCAGUUUAAGCCGUGUUUCCCUGGUGUCCGGUGUGUGAACACUGCUCCUGGUUUUUUCUGUGAGAGAUGCCCUAAGGGUUACACCGGACCACAGAUAAAAGGAGUGGGGGUAUCCUAUGCUAAGUCACACAAACAGGUAUGUGAGGAUAUAGACGAGUGUCUGGGCCCACCUGAGAAUACAGGUUGCACUGCCAACUCCAACUGUCACAACACUGUGGGCUCCUUCCGCUGCGGCGAGUGUAAACCCAGCUUCACGGGCGACCAGGUGAAUGGUUGCCAGGGCACCAGGCUUUGUCCCAACGGUAAACCCAACCCCUGUGACGCCAACGCUGAUUGUGUGCUGCAGCGGGAUGGAAGCAUCAGCUGUGUGUGUGGCGUCGGCUGGGCAGGUAAUGGCUACGUGUGUGGAAAGGACACAGAUAUUGAUGCAUAUCCAGACAUAAAGCUCCAGUGCAGAGACAACAACUGUAAGCAGGACAACUGUGUGUUUGUGCCAAACUCUGGCCAGGACGACGCAGACUGGGAUGGGGCGGGUGACGCCUGCGAUGAUGAUGCAGACAGCGAUGGCAUCAUUAACAUAGAUGACAACUGCUGGCUCGUUCCUAAUGUGGACCAGAGGAACAGCGACAAGGAUGUCCAUGGGGACGCGUGUGACAACUGCAGAACUGUAGACAAUCCCAAACAAACAGAUACAGACAAAGACGGGCUGGGAGAUGAAUGUGAUGAUGACAUGGACGGAGACAACUUGAAGAAUAUUCUCGACAAUUGCCCACGGGUCCCCAACCCAGACCAGAGGGACAGAGACCACGACGGGGUGGGGGAUGCCUGUGACAGCUGCCCUGAUAUGGCCAAUCCUAACCAGUCGGACUCAGACGAUGACCUGAUUGGAGAUAGCUGUGACGACAACAUAGACAGUGACGGGGACGGACACCAGGACACAAAUGACAACUGUCCCACAGUUAUCAACUCCUCUCAGCUGGACACUGACAAGGAUGGAGAGGGAGAUGAAUGUGACGAUGACGAUGAUAAUGACGGCGUACUGGACAUUGAAGACAACUGCAGACUAGUUCCCAACCCAGAUCAACAGGACUCUGACAACAACAAAGUUGGAGACGCAUGCGAAGGAGACUUCGACCAAGACAAUAUCAUCGACAUCAUCGACCUCUGCCCAGAGAACGCUGAGGUCACGCUCACCGACUUCAGAGCCUAUCAGACGGUCGUGCUGGACCCAGAGGGCGACUCCCAGAUCGACCCCAACUGGUUGGUUCUCAACCAGGGCAUGGAGAUAGUGCAGACCAUGAACUCUGACCCUGGCCUGGCUGUAGGCUACCAAGCGUUCAGCGGGGUCGACUUCGAGGGAACGUUCCACGUGAACACGGUGACAGACGACGACUACACAGGCUUCAUCUUCGGCUACCAGGACUCCUCCUCGUUCUACGUGGUGAUGUGGAAACAGACAGAACAGACCUACUGGCAGGCUGCGCCCUUCAGGGCUGUUGCAGAGCCGGGAAUACAGCUCAAGAUGGUGAAGUCGGAGACAGGCCCAGGUGAGCAUCUGAGGAACGCCCUCUGGCACACAGGGGACACUGACGGGCAGGUCCGUCUCCUGUGGAAAGACCCAAGGAACGUCGGCUGGAAGGACAAGGUUUCCUACCGCUGGUUCCUCCAGCACCGACCACAGGUUGGAUACAUCAGGGCUCGCUUUUUUGAGGGUUCAGACCUGGUGGCGGACACAGGCGUGAUAAUUGACACCAGUAUGAGAGGGGGACGACUGGGAGUGUUCUGCUUCUCUCAGGAAAACAUCAUCUGGUCCAAUUUGAAGUAUCGUUGCAACGACACAAUUCCUGCCGACUACCAGGAUGUCAGUGCUUAG